CACGUGUGCAUGCGGCAAAACAUUCGCUCCGUGUUUGUCACUUAAAGGCGGGUGCUGGAUCAGGAAAAUUAUUGUAUUUCGCUGCAAAUGUCCGUCUUGCUGAGGAAUAGAGCGGAGUGUACUGCAGUACAGUACUUUGACCCACAUUCACGUGCCCUCGUCACACCGCAGAGGCCCUGGGCCUUCAGAAUCAGUAGUGCUGGCCCAUGUAACCUCAAUUAGAGCAGCUAUUUCUUUAACCAAUCAGCCUCGCAGGGCCAGCUCGCUGGCCAACCACACUUGUCAGCAUUUUUCCGUCCUCUGAUUGGUUGCUCAGGGCAAACCAUGUCUCGCUACAGUUAAUAAUCAGCAUCUCUGGUGCGUCUACAGACUCAGCCAAAGCCCAAACCAGGCGAGAGCGUCAUGUAUGUGGGGACCAUCGAUUGCUUCAAAAAGACCUUAGCAAAAGAGGGAGUGAAGGGGCUCUACAAAGGCAUGGCGGCCCCAAUCAUCGGAGUCACGCCCAUGUUUGCCGUGUGUUUCUUUGGCUUCGGGUUGGGCAAGAAACUGCAGCAGAAAAGCCCCGACGAUAUCCUCACGUAUCCGCAGCUAUUUGCUGCCGGCAUGUUGUCCGGCGUUUUCACCACGGCCAUCAUGACUCCUGGCGAGCGCAUCAAAUGUCUACUGCAGAUCCAGGCGUCAUCCGGGAAGGUGAAGUACGACGGACCGAUGGACUGUGUCAAACAGCUCUACAAGGAGUCCGGCAUCAGAGGAAUCUACAAAGGCACCGUGCUGACCCUCAUGAGAGAUGUUCCUGCGAGCGGCAUGUACUUCAUGUCAUACGAGUGGUUGAAGAAUCUCCUCAGGCCGGCAGGGAAGAGUCAUGACGAACUCAGCGUUCCCAGCGUGCUGUUCGCUGGAGGGAUGGCGGGAAUAUUUAACUGGGCCGUGGCAAUUCCCCCCGAUGUGCUCAAGUCUCGUUUUCAAACAGCUCCUGAAGGAAAAUAUCCCAAUGGCUUCCGGGAUGUUCUGCGCGAGCUGAUCCGAGAGGAGGGCAUUGGCUCCUUGUAUAAAGGUUUCACCGCUGUCAUGCUUCGAGCUUUUCCGGCAAACGCUGCUUGCUUCUUGGGAUUCGAACUCGCAAUGAAAUUCCUCAACUGGCUGGCACCGAACCUGUGAUGAAAAUGUUAUUGCAGUGCAUUUAUUAGUACACACACACAGGGACUUUAUAAUUUUAACAAAUGUCCAAUUCUCUACUUGAUUGUGUCUGAAAACCUGUGGUAGUGGGUUUUAGAGCAAAUCAUAUUUCCUCAAAUAGUGGCCUCCACUCGAAUAGACGCCUUUUCUCAAUUAAUGUCAGGGUUCGUUAUCUAAUAAGCUGUUCUCUAUAAUUCCUUCUUUUUUUUUUUUUUUUUUUUUUUCUCUUUUUUCCCCUUUUGGGAAAACGAGUAGCAACUGAAAUGAAAUUUUAGACACAGAGGCAUUAAAGAACUACCAAAGCACAUGAACUCUUGCCACUAUGUGGUUGUCAACACGUUUCCUGUACUGGACUCAAGGUGAUUUUGCGUAAUAUUGAGACGCUUUCUGUUCUCGUCACGUCUGUGCUCGCGCCACAAUCUUGGGGGAUCAUCAAUCAUUGAAUCAAUCUUCUGUCUAAAGAAGUAAAACAUGAUGCCAGUUAUAGGAAGUUGAGCUACAUGUACUUUAUAUGGCAACCAAAUUCAACAUUUAAAUGUUUAACUAAACAGAAUUAACGUUGCCGAUGUCAACAAAAAUCUUUCAGACUCUUUGUAAUGACAUUUUGAAUAGUUUGAAUUUUCAUGCGAGAUAUCGGUAACGUAAAUGUGAGUAGUUGUAAUGACAGUUAUAGAUAUCUGUAAUUCAGUUUGGCCUAUUCAAAAGAAAAUUCAGUUUUGCCUAGUCAAAACAUAACAUAAUUUUGACUGGUCAUAAUUCUACCGACAGACAUCGAGAAUGCCGUUCCGCCUCGUUAAAACUUAACAUAUCUGAAAAGGGACUUGUAGAUAAUUUAAAUUGAGGUGAAUUAUAGAUAUCUUGACCUGGAAUUAUGAGGAGUCGGAAUAAAAUGGUUGAUACCUCAAACUGAAGUUCCAUAUAUCUCCAAUUCAGUUGCAGAUAGCUGUAAUUCACUAGCGGAUAUCUGCAACUGAAUUGGAGAUAUCUGGAGUGACCACGAAUGAUAAAAGUGACGUCAUUUGCCCAAGGCGAAAUGACGUUGCACAAAUUUGAAAUGACAAUCGCGGAUAAGAAUAACGGACUUGCGGAUAUCUGCCGUUCUCUUUGACGAGGCAAAACGGAAUUGGAGAUAUCUGCAAGUGGUCCAGUCUCGCUGUGAAAUGUUCGGAGGGCUUGACGUACAUCUCCGCUAUGACGCAGCUCCUGUUGGCAGCAGUUUUCUACUCAAUACAACAACUGGCAUUGAAACAGAAGUUCAGAAGACUCCCGAUAGAUUCUCCCAUUCCAUUAAAAAUCAUGUGUGGAAAAUAACAGUUGUGCAUUUUAUCCAUGGUUGACCAGGAAAGUAUACAUUAAUAAGCACCUUACCCAUAAUAGAUGCUGGGUCCACUAUAUGAGGAAAUAAUGUGCUCAAAUAUUGUCACAGUCUUUGCUUUUGAAAUGUGUCAGUGAGGCAGUGAUGCAGUGAGCUGAACAUGUCGUGCCUUACCGCUGCCUUAUUUGAACUUACAGUAUCAGGGAAAAGGUACAUUUGUCUUUCUACUGUGUCUCUCGAAUGUCCUGUACAUGGAUGUCGCUGUGUAGAAAUGUGCAAAAUAGAAGCAAAACCACAACAUUGAAUGGGACUUUUGUGCUAUUAUGCCGUUGACUUGCAUUGUGAAAAGUCAUUUUCCUAUGUCCUGUCUUUUUCCAUCAUUUCACUGUGAUGUGUCCAUUGCACAUGCAUUAGGUUUAAUUGGGGAAAAGUUUCGGUCGAUACUUUCCAACGGGCCGUGUUCAAUAAAGACAUCAAUAAAGUGAAUGUGACGGGUGC